AUGGUUAGAGUAUUUAGAGUUUAUGAGGAGGGAAAGAGAGAUCAAGCUGUCAAAGUUACAGAGUCUAUUGAUAUCACAGAGAUAGGCGAUAUUAAACAACGAAUCCAAACAAGUUUUAAUCUCCCUCUCAACACUUUCUCUUUGGUACAAGAGCAACAAGAUGGGUCCUUUGGGAAUGAUAUCCCCACCAAUACAUUGUUGACGGUUUAUCCUGACCAGCAAGACAUCUACUUGAAGAUUAAAAAGGUGGAUCAACAACCCCAACCCGCUCAACAAGGGUUAUCAAGAGGAUACUCAUUCACAAAAAAGCAUUUCUCAACUAAUGGUCAGAUUAAACCAGAGGAGACAGGAAAGUACUAUUGGAUUGACCCAAUAACUCAACCAAGUGGUAUGUCUCUUUGCUCCAAAAUCGAUCAAGGACAUAUUUCCCUUCAAGAACUUGGUCAUGAUUUAUACCAGAAUCCAUCAUCAUUCUUUAAAGGAAUAGGUGAUAUUCUCAAGCUUCGCUAUCCUCUUUUUGCCAACGUCUCAAUUAAUAAUGAUCAAGAGUUUAGUACCAUCUUUACCACACAACAACGAUUUAGCAAAAAGAUCGUACUCAUCAUUGACGAAUUUGACCAAGUCUACCACUAUUGCAGUAGCUCAACCAUUGACGGUAUUCUUAGCAAGUUUAGAGUUAUUCGAGAGGAUGGUCGUCAAGUUCUCCAGUCUGCAAUCGUGGCUGGUCCAUUCAAUAUCUUGUCGCUGUCAUCAUCGCCUCGCGCUGGAUCUCCAUUCAACGUUAGAGAAGCAGUGCCCUCGUCAAACUUCUCGCUUCAAGCCGUUGAGUCUCUUUUUCAAAUGUACCAACAAAACUCAUUGACUAUUGUCGAGCAUGAAGUUAUUGAGGAUAUUUACACAAGAACAGAAGGUCAUCCAGGAUUGGUUUGCCUUUUUGGAGAGCUUAUCGACAACAAUUUACCAGUAGGCAAGACUCUCACCUAUGAACAGUGGAGUCGCAGCACCUCCUCAUUAGUCAUUCGCAUGGAGGAAUACCGUACAACCCAUCGCGUCAUUGAUGUUGUCAAAGACACAAAGUACGAGCACCAUCAAUUAUUGGUCGAGUUGGUUAUGAUGAUGCUUUACUCAUCAAGUAUCACCUCCAUCUCACCAGAUCCAAUCUCCAAGACUAUCAAAGUAUCAGUUUUGAACUAUCUUGUUUCUGAAGGGCUGGCAAAGAUUAAUCAAGAUCAAUACUCGAUCAAAAACCCAGCUAUCAAACAAUUGCUUUUGGCGAACAUUGAUUACUUAUCCUCGUGCACCAAGCCAUCCAUCCCUUUCCCUUUAUUGGAAUACGGAAUCUCAAUCCCCGAUCUCGUCAGAGGGGUGGUUUCGGUUUUAACUCCAAGCUCUCUCGUUGCUGCAAUGCAAACUUCAUCAAAGGUAUAUCAUGGUCACACUCUCCCCUGUGAAGCAGUUUACCAUACAGAGUUAUACUCUAUCAUUCAAAGAUGGAAACCCAACUCUGUCACCUUGUCCACUAACGCCAACGUCCCAAUUGCUGGAAGCCACACAGAGAGAUGUGAUCUUGUCAUGGAGCGUAAUUCUCAGGGUGCCUCGUGGUUGUGUUGCCUUGAAUUGGUUGCCCAUGCCAGUGAUGGUGCAAUCAAAGAACACAUCGAAAGGGUGUCUAAAUACUACCAACCAGUCAUCAAUUCCGAUGAAGCGUGGGUGGUCAAUUUCACAAUCGACCAAAACGUCAACAUUACCUCUCCGUUUACCAACGUCAAAGUCAUUCAUGUUAUACACAACAACAACUUUACAUCUUUUACAUUCAGAGGAAACAUCUAA